AUGGGUGGAGAACUCGCAGUUCCAUUGAACCUUGACGAGCCCGUUUCGAUGCGGAAACUACGUAUCUUCUACAUGGAGGGUAUCAGCGGUGUACCACUUAUCCCACCGCUCCAUUCGGACAUGAGGAGAACAUUGCGAAAGGCUGUCGGCUAUUUCGAGCGCAAAUACGAUCUUGUGGCGCACCGAUUGGACCUACCCUUGGUUAAAUACGCCAUGGAGAUGUUCCUAGUUAGUAUGUAUGUGAGAGGGGGACCAAAAUUGUCAGAGUACAUGCUUUGCGUAGAGGCUUCAAAAGGCAGUGUGAACACCUUCAUAGAGUCGAUCAAACUGGUUCUGGGUAAAUCAAACCAUACACUUCCUGGAAUUAUUGCUGCUAUCAUCGACAACGUUGAUGCGCUGAGCGAGGAACAAAAGAGAGAGAUUAUCUACAAACGCGAUCGUCUGAUUCGUGAACUCAAGGAGUUACUCGGAAAUGAUGGCAUUUUCUUCUUCCCUAGGUGAGU